AUGUCCUCCUCCCUCGCGCUCUCGCUCCCACCCCGGUGCGCGCUCCCCCUCCCGCCACCUCGCCUCGCAUCCAAGCACCCAUCUCUCCGCGCCAACCAGUGCCACCUCCUCGUCCGCACGCCCCAGCGCCCGCUCCCCCCGCCUCGCCGCCUCCUCCUCGCCCGCAGGGCUUCGUCGUCCACCGCAUCCCUCGCCGAGCCGGCGCGUGAGGGUGGCGCGGGCGGGAAGAAGGCGCCCGGGUUCCGGAACAGGUUCCUGGACCUGGCGCGGCUUGGGGCCGUGGCGGAAGGCGCGGCGGAGGCCUUCUUCCGCAGCGAAAUCCGGCGGCGGCUUGCCGUCACGGCCGUGCUCAUCGUGCUCAGCCGCGUCGGCUACUUCGUCCCGCUUCCCGGGUUCGACCGCCGCCUCAUCCCCGACUCGUAUCUCAGCUUCGCCCCGCUCCCUGCAGAUGACCUCGUUGAUUUUGCUUCUGAACUGAAGCUGUCAUUUUUCCAGCUGGGAAUCAGUCAUCAGAUAUCAGCAUCGAUUGUGAUGCAGGUUCUUUGCCAUGUUCUUCCAUCACUUGAAAAGAUUCGCAAGGAAGGAUUAGACGGGCAUGAGAAGAUCAAAAGCUAUAUAUGGUGGCUAUCAUUGGGUUUUGCAAUUGUGGCUGCUUGUACUGUGUCAUGCUAUUCACUGCAGUACUCCAUAUAUGCAGCAAGUUACAGGGUUAAGCAUGUCAUAUUAACAAGCUUUCUGCUUGUCCUUGGUGCAAUGUCGACGACUUGGAUCUGUGACACCAUAACGGAAUCUGGCUUUGGGCAUGGCUCAUCUUUGAUUAUCUGUGUUGGAAUAUUGACUGGUUACACAAAUACACUACACAAGAUGCUAACUCAAUUUUCAGGAAAUGUGUGCACAUCUUGGCCCUACAUCUUGGGAGUAGCUGGGAUCUUUAUGAUGGUUACCAUGGGGGCAGUGUUGGUGACUGAAGGAUGUAGGAAGAUAAAGCUUCAGUACUAUGGAUUCAAGUUGGCUUCUAGUGCAAGGAACGAAAACUCCCCAGUUACAGAGGUUGAGCCAUAUAUCCCCUUCAAUAUAAACCCAACAGGGAUGCAGCCUUUGCUUACAACCUCAUACCUACUUGCGUUUCCAAGCAUUAUGGCCAGCAUUUUUCGUUCGCCAUUUUGGGAAAAUUUGAAGGAAAUUUUGAAUCCAAUGACUUCAGUUGGUGGUAGUCCUUGGAUUUAUUAUUUGACCUAUGCAUUUUUCGUCUUCGUCUUCAACAUUUUUGACAUUGCCAACUUGCCAAAAGAGAUAUCUGACUACCUGAAUAAGAUGAGUGCCAGAGUGCCAAAGAUAAAACCUGGAAGAGCAACAGUGGAUUAUCUUACAAAGAUACAAACAUCGACACGUUUCUGGGAGGUCUACUACUGA